AUGGAGAGCAAUUCUACUGCAGUUUCUAAAGAUGAGAAGGGCACAAGCUACAUCUUAGAGCUUCACAAUGCGGUAAAGUCCGGAGACAAAGACAAGAUAGUCGAGCUCUUAAGCUCAAAUCGUUCAAUAGCGUUCGAGACCAAUAAACAUGGUGAUACGCCACUGCAUGUUGCUGCAAGGUUAGGGAAUUUUGAAGCGGUAAAACUCCUUGUACAUCAAAAGUACUGCGGAGAAAGAAAAAGCCAAGACUUAUUAGUCGACUGUGAAACUGGAGAGGUGAAAGACAUAUUAAAAUGGACAAAUAACGAGAAAUGCACGGCGUUCCAUGAAGCUGUGAAGAGGGGUUACUCGGAAAUUAUUACAUUUUUAAUUGGAAAAGAUUCAAGUUUAGUAUAUUUGACUACUAAAGAUGGAGAAUCACCGCUGUUCUUGGCUAUCGAUAGAGCGCUUUAUGGAAUUGCCGAUUGCAUUUUGCGUGUAGUUGAUUAUGAGAAAGGGCUGUCUCAGAAUAUUGUUAGUUGGUCAGGGAGGAAUGGUUUGACUGUUAUGCAUGCAGCUGUAAUCCGUAGUCAUGGUCGCUACGUUGAGAAGCUGUUAGAAAAAUAUGAUGGCGAUCUUUUAGAAAUGAAAGAUGUUCAUGGAUGGACUCCUCUUCACUAUGCGGCACACUUUGGCGAUGUGGAAGUGGUGAAAAGGUUUUUGCAGAAAAAAGCAACCCUUGCUUUGAUUCAAGACAAUGAAGGCAUGUCCCCUCUUCAUAUUUCAGCAAGGAAUGGUUCUUUUGGAGUAGUAAAAUCAUUAAUAGCUGAAUCCGGAAAAUAUUCGUACAACAUUUGUGAGUUAUUGGACAACAACGACCGAACGACUCUACAUGUUGCUGUGGAGAGUAGAAAUAUAUCCUUGGUAAUCAGAAUGCUACAUUUCAAGGAGUUUAAUGAUAUUUUACAUUGGAAAGACAAAGAUGGAAAUACUUGCUUCCAUCUCGCUGUGUUAACUCGAAGUGGAAUAAUGACAUCAGCAUUUUUAUUUUCUCUUCGAGUACUUGACCAAGUCGCUAUCUUAAAUAGGAGUGGAACAAUGACAUCAUCAUUUUUAUUAUCUCGUCGAGUACUUGACAAAUUCGCUCUUAAUAGUAAGGGAAUGACGGCCACUGAUAUUGUGCGAGAUGAAAACUUCAACCGGAUGAUGGAUUUGACUAAAUUAGUGCUCAUGAUAAAACAAGGUGGCUGUCUACCGAGUUUGGAAAGUGUUCAUGCAAAAAAAUCAUCCAAAGAGAAACUUGUAUUUGAACUUGAACAGGGCCACGAUGACAACAAGCAACAUAUUGGUCGGAAGGUACCUUUCAUCAGUGACAUAGCGAACGUCAACUUAAUUGUGGCGACAAUCGUGGCAAGCAUCACAUUCGCCUCCGUCAUCCAAGUUCCCGGCGGAUACAACGAUCAUGGCAUAGCCAACUUAAAUGGCAAUUCUUCGUUCAAACUUUUCUCGGUCUUUAACUCACUGGCUUUCGGUUUCUCAGCUGCUUCAAUCUUCAUCUCCUUUCUGUCGGUUCUCCACUACCAUAUUGGCAUGGCCAUCGAAAGGCUGUCGUAUCGACCAAUUUUCUUGGGCUUGGCCAUUUUGCUAACCCAAGCCUCCCUUGGUUCGUCGGUAAUAGCUUAUAUCAUGUCUACAAAAGCAACACUGUUGGACACCACAAGUUCUCCCUGGAAAUUUGCUUGCUCUGCCUUCGUCGUACCUGUGGCCUGCACUUUAGUACACUUAUAUAUUUCAUAUGCGUGGAAAUUAAUUUAA